CAGACAGAGUUGAAGUUGAAACAGACAUGCAGCAAUACGAAGGAAUGCAAGACAACACUGCACCUGAAUAAGGUUUUUAAACACAACAGGGAAUUAGUAAUUGUCGGACAGGCACUUGCACAGUUAACUGUAAUUAUCUACACUCCACGGGAACAUGGUUUGAAGUAGCUAAUUUUGCUAAGCUAACAGAAAUAAACUUCUCUGGGUGCACAGAUUGUCAACACUUUACAGUGUUACCUUCUGACGAGGUGUCUGCUGUCAGCGCGCGCUAACCUUAAGCUAUUAAAAAGUUUAUGAAGAGAAAGCUAGUCGUAGAGAGCCUGUACAACUUUGCUGAACGCUAACACUCCACCAAAAUGCCACCAAGGAGGAAAGCACUGCCGAAUCCUCUCCCAGACGGAGUGAUGGUGACAGACACGGAAAAGAAAAGUUGGAGACUUGGAAAAGUCAUCGGUAGUGGGGGCUUUGGAAUGAUAUACCUAGCCUCCCAGUCUGUGGAUGCACCUGUUAAAGAUGACACUCAUUUUGUACUAAAAGUUGAGUAUCAUGAGAAUGGGCCCUUGUUCUCAGAGCUGAAAUUCUAUCAAAGGGCGGCCAAACCAGAAAGCAUGCAGAAAUGGAAGAGGGCGAAAGGGCUAGCCUUCCUCGGAAUCCCAACAUACUGGGGAUCAGGCCUGUUUGAACACAAAGGAACAAGGUACAGGUUUAUGGCCAUGGACCAUCUUGGCACGGACGUGCAGAAGGUGUUGGAAAAAUCCGGAGGUAGUUUCCCAAAGCACACCGUCCUAGAGCUUGGCUGUCUUAUGCUGGACGUGCUGGAAUAUAUUCAUGACAACGAGUACGUCCACGCCGACAUUAAGGCUGCCAAUCUCCUGUUGGACGUCAAGCAGCCUGGCAAGGUGUAUUUGGCAGACUAUGGUCUUGCCUACAGGUACAACCCAGGGGGCGUCCAUAAGGAGUACAAGGAGAACCCCAAGAAAGGGCACAACGGCACCAUCGAGUACACCAGCACAGAUGCUCACAAAGGCGUCGCUCCGUCCAGACGUGGGGACCUGGAGAUCCUGGGCUACUGUCUGCUGCAUUGGCUGAGCGGGACGCUGCCCUGGCUGUCCGUCCUCAGGGACCCAGCCAAAGUCCAGGAAGCCAAGGCCAAGCUGAUGUCUAACCUUCCUGACUCGGUCACUCAGCUGUGCGGCUCCGCUGCGGGCAGUGCCGAGCUUGGACGCUUCAUGGUCCGAGUGAAGAGCCUGGGCUAUAUGGACCGGCCCGACUACCAGGCGCUGAAGAAGAUCCUGAUGGAUGGGGUGCCGCAGGGCUCAAGGGGACAAGGCCUGCUGGACCUCCACAGAGCCAGACCACAGAAGGGUCCAGAACCGUCUACUCCAAAGCCCGCAGGCCAAGCCAAACCUCCCGCUAGAAGGCCAGCCAAGCCAAAGACGAAGCCCGUCGUUCCUGCCACUGGCCAGGACGAUGUUUCCGACGAGGACAGUCCAAAGACGGAUCUCCGCAGAGCAAAACCGCCGGCAAGGCCUCGUGGACAGGCAUCCCGCCCAGCCAAGCCAGCCGCGAAAAAAAUCACGACUGUAAAGCCUGCCAUUCAAAAAUCUCCAGAGGAAGAUGAUGAUGAUGAUGAUUAUGCUGAGAGUGAAGAGUCAGAAGAAGGCGAUGAUGACGACGUUUCCUCUGAUGAAGAGCAAGACACUAGGAGAGGCGCAGCACGUGGAAGAGGCACUGCAGGGAGGAAAAAGACAGCUCCGGCCAGAAGACGGCCAUAUAGUGAUGACAGCGAUGAGGACUACGACCCCGGGCCUGAGUACAGGGCAGCCCAGGCCCAGCGGGGAGCAUCGGGAUCAGCAGCAGCAGCAGCAGCGGUAGACAGCCUGUGUCCCGCACUGGAGAAAGUAAGCCUACGCAGAAGCCCUCGCCUCAAUCCUGACCUCUGAGCUCUGAGACAGUCAGAACCUACUGUACACUGCAGACCUUUGGGCCACUCCCAGGGUUUUUGUGGUAGCUGCACUGAAUUGAAGUCGUGAUUUUUUUUUAGUUUAAGUAACCAGUUAAUUUUAGAGCUAAUGUUGCCUUACACAAUAAGUUAUAUAAUUGAAGAAAAUGCAUUUAUGUGGAUUUAUGAAGAUAUUUCUUUUUAUUCGCUUUAUUGUACAAAUCCAAAACAAAUCAACACAAUUUUUCUGCCACACUUUUUUUCUUUUUAAUGAAGACAACAUGCAUGCCAAAAUAUCCAAGUAGAAGAAGAGGGCCUGAAGCAAACGUGCCAAGGACCCCAUCAUCACAAUAUGGACGCAGGGCUACCAGUCACCCGGCCACAGCUCAAGACAAACUCCCCCGAAGAAAGGUGGGGAACAAUGGCCAUGGCCCUGUGUACUAUCCGCCUUCAUCCAACCAUCAUCACAAUCACUGGACAGAGUACUCCUAUGACCACGAAGGAAAUCAUAGGAGGGACCAUAGCAUUAGGGGGCAUUCAUACCAAUACACUGACCCGCCACAAGGGUAUCCUGCAUGUGCAACUCCUGAAGACAAUCAAAGUACUUCACUGAAUUCCCAAGUUCAGAAACAGGAAGGACGUUACCGCUGGUUCAGCACUAA